AUGAAUCGUUACCAAUCUCAUGCUUUGCAAUCAAAAGAGCUGAUGAGAUUUUUUUUAAAUUCGAAUUUAGGACGCGUAUUAAAAGUCUAUCGAGGGCAGCAAAUAACGGCUGGAGAGUACGCUGAAUGGAAACGAAACCGAGGUAAUCUGGUGUCAAUCAAUUCGUUUGUUUCGACAACCGAAGAUCGACAAGUAGCAUCGAUAUUUUCUGGAUCAGGUCAAUUAAGACCCGAACAAGAAUCAGUUAUAUUUGAGGUUUCGAUCGAUACAUCACUCAGCGAUUGUGUACCUUCAUUCGCUAAUGUAUCUCAUUUAAGCGCCGUUGCCGACGAAGGAGAAAUUUUACUAGCCAUGGGUGCUGUUUAUCGUAUCGAAUCUUUUGAUGAAGUCGAAGAUGGAGUUACUCUUAUUCGUUUGUCAAUGUGCACACGAGAUGAUGAACAAUUCGCUCAGUUCAAGAAAGUCAUUCUCAAUAUUCAACCUUUAGUGUCAUUCGAGAUGAUUGAUUGCCGACACGAAUCGGGAGCGAUGCUCGCAUUGGCAUAUCUCCUUCUGAAAAUGGGUGAGCGACGUAAAGCAAUUGUAAUGUACGAUAUGGCUAAAGCUCGAUUCGUUAGAGAGCAACGGGUUGAUCCUAUCUUCGAAUAUUUGUGUAAAGUUAUCAAAGUACAUUUUGAUAGCUUGAAAGCUUUGCUAAGUGGAAAUGGUGCAUUAGACUUUAUACGGCAUAGUGCCUCUGACGAAAAUCGGAAAAUCACAGCUACUAUUGCUCCCGAUCUGGUGAACCUUAUAACAGAAAUAGCAUCAUUCGACUCUCUUGAUGAAGUCGAUCCCAGCAACUUUCAGAAACGGCUCUACCAUGCAGUACAACCAUUGUCUAGUAUUAUAAAUCCUGAAAUUUUGCUUCAAAGUAUGGGUUUUACUAACUCUAAUAAUGGAAGAAACCAGAAUCUAUCAAAUCCUCAAACGAUAACACAAAAUGAGUUACGACAUCUCUUAGGCAGCAAUCAUUUCAGUGAGCGAGAAUCAUUAUUACAGAAAGCACAAGAAGCCGAACAAUGUGGUAAUACCGACCUGGCUCUUGACUUUUACUUACAAUGCUCGAAUCAACCAGACGGCUCAAAUGUAACAGACUUGCUCCAAAAUGUAACAGCCAAUGUCAAUAUUGUUAAAAUUUUUCUACAACAAGGUGAGCUCGAAAUCGCGUUGCAGUUCGCUACGAACGUAUUAAAUAUGCAUGAACUUCCACCAAAAUCGAGUUAUGUUAUCAUUGUGCACAAAAUGUGUGUUUAUAUAUACAUCAUGAAACGAGAUUGGACAAAAGCAAGAGAGAGCCAAGAGCAGGUUGUAGAUUUUCUAGAAACUGAGCGCAUCACAACAGGUUCUACUAGUCUCGAUCUCGCAUCCGAAACGAACAUGUUACACAAUCUACGAACAGGAAGCUAUCAAGUUUUAGAAGCCAUAGCAAAGAGUGUCAAACAAAACUUACUCACAGAACUCAAAAUAGUAUUUCACGUAAAUCAAUAG